AUGGGGUACAGAAGUUUAAAAGACCUUCUACCACCAUCUCUGGAUUCUACUUCCCAACCACCAUUACUCUUCCAUGGAACUACAAGGUUGUAUAUCAAUUAUCAAUGUCCCUAUUCUCAAUGUGUGUGCAUAACCCGAAAUGUUAAGGGUUUGAAAGAAAAGAUCAAGUUUGUUCCAAUUGAUCUUCAGAACAGGCCUGAUUGGUACAAGGAAAAAGUUUACCCCACAAAUAAAGUGCCUUCCCUAGAGAACAACAACAAAGUGACACGAGAGUGUUUGGAUCUGGUUAGAUAUGUUGAUUGUAACUUUGAAGGACCAUUACUCAAUAGUGAUGAUCACGAAAAGCGAAAAUUUACUGAAGAAUUGAUAGCUUAUAGUGACACUACAUUUAUCCUGGUAGUAUACAAAUCGUUCGCAAAAGAUACAAGGACACUGGAUGGUGCACAAUUUGAUUACCUAGAAAAAGCUCUCCAAAAAUUUGACGAUGGGUCUUUCUUCCUUGGUCAAUUCAGUAAGGUUGACAUAACAUAUGCUCCAUUUAUCCAAACGUUCCAUAUAUUUAUGCCAUAGGGGUUUAACUAUGACAUCACUACCGGGAGGCCUAAGCUAACCAAAGGGGUUAAGGAAAUGAACAAUCUUGACGGAUACUACCAAACAAAAGUAUUGGAACAGGACAAAAUGGUUGAGUACUACAAGAACCGCUUUCUGCCAUUACCCACUUCGCAAACAAUAAAUACAUUCUUUUGUGUCAAUCUUAGGUGA